AAAUUUGGAUGUAGGGGUUAAAUCAUGGUGUUUAUUGUGGUUUGGGAAAUUGCCAUUGGGAAGAAAGGGGUGAAUACAAAGGCGAUUUUGAUUUGUAAAAUUUCAUUAUGUGUAGGGUGGGGGGAAGAUUGGGUCAAUUAGAAAUGGGAAAGAGUUGGGGCAAGUGUAAUUUUGAACUUGCGAUGAGAGUGUCAAUGGAUAAGAAUGG